UCUCCCUAUUACCGUUCUAGACUCGAUGGCUGAGCCUCUGAUCGCGCGUGUAAAGGCCAUUGCACGUUAAAAAAUUUUAGUCGUAAUCAUAAGGCCGUAAGAAAAUUGAUCAAAUAUUAAUAUAUUAUAUACAUUAUAAUAAUAAACAAAUUAUGUGGCAAAGCAAAUUUUAACGUCGAUUUGACGAAAAAUAUGAUCCCAGCAUAUUAUUUAGAUCGGGACGGUUCUGAGGCAUAGCGUUACACGCGUUAUCGACGGCUGACUGUCGAACUUAGAACGGUAGUGGGGAUCAUAGGCGUCGCUUUAAAUAUUGGCCUGAAAAGAGCAACUAUCUCCGAGCAUUGCAGUAAGCUACAGAAAGUCAAACUUAAUUGAAUGGUUAAAAACAUCAAAAAACAAUGUUUAUCAAUAUAUUGUUAUUAUCCAUGUUUAUUUUAUUGAUAUAUUAUUAUUACGUACAUUAUGGAAGAAACGGGCGACUCCUUAAUCUUUUACCAGGACCACUAGCUUAUCCAAUUAUUGGCAAUGCAUUUCUAAUUGUUUCAACAGAGAAACUAUGGAAAUUGAUACGUAGUUUAUCUGAAAACUUUUAUCCCAUUUUGAAAGUCUGGACUUUCUUUACGUAUGCUGUGUCUAUUCGUCAUCCAGAUGAUCUGGAGACGAUAUUAAGCAGCAUCAAACAUAUUGAGAAAGGUCAUCAAUAUAAUCUGUUACAUCCUUGGCUUGGCACAGGUCUUCUCACGAGUACAGGUGCUAAAUGGCAUGCACGACGAAAGAUAUUAACAUCUGCAUUCCAUUUCAAUGUAUUGAAUCAGUUUGUUCAUAUCUUGAUCAAAGAGGGCGAUUGUAUGACAAAAUCAUUGAAAGAUAUCGGAGGAACAGUUGUAAAAGAUUUAGUACCAUUUAUUAGUGAACAUACGCUAAACGCCAUAUGCGAAACUGCCAUGGGCAUCUCUCUGAAAAAAUUCGGCAAGUUCCAGCAACAGUAUCGAAAUGCAAUUCACGACAUAACCGAACUAAUAAGUUAUAGAGGAAUCAGGCCUUGGCUCUAUAACGAUUUGUUAUUUUCAUUAUUGCCACAAGGAAGAAAGCAAAAAAAGAUUUUAAAAAUAUUGCAUGGAUUUACAGAGAAAAUCAUCGCGGAAAGAAAACUUUAUCACGAAUGCACCGAUUAUCGAUAUUUAGAAAACUUUGAAAAUGACACAGAGAUGGAAAUACAUGAUGUCGAAGUAUUUGGAGUUAAGAAAAAACGACUAGCCAUGUUGGAUCUCUUAAUAAAAGCAUCUCGAGACAAUUUUUUGAUUGAUUUGGAUAUCAGAGAAGAAGUCGAUACCUUUAUGUUUGAGGGUCACGAUACUACAGCGAUGGGUAUGACUUUUGCUUUAUUACUAUUAGCGGAACACAAAGAUGUCCAGGAACGUGUGAGGGUUGAAGUCGAUAACGCAAUGCAAGAGAACGGAGGAAAACUUACCAUGAAAUCGUUGCAAAAUUUAUCAUAUCUAGAAAGAUGUUUAAAGGAAGCACUACGUUUAUAUCCCAGCGCGUUUUUCAUAUUACGAAAUAUAAAGGAGGAUGUAAAAUUAAACUCAUAUGUUAUACCUGCUGGAACGAUCUUAUUUCUUGAUAUCUAUGGAGUUCACAGAGAUCCCAAUUUUUGGUCAAAUCCAGAAGUAUUUGAUCCAGAUAGAUUUUUGCCCGAGAGGAUAAAGAAUCGUCAUCCUUAUUCUUAUUUACCGUUCAGCGCAGGACCAAGAAAUUGCAUAGGUCAACGAUUCGGUCUGUUGGAGUUGAAAGCUAUGAUAGCUCCUUUGGUACACAAUUUUUACUUAGAAUCUGUAGAUUAUUUAAAGGAUAUUCAGUUGAAGUUUGAUGCUAUAAUUCGUCUUUCUCAUUCGGUUCACAUAAAAUUUAUCCCAAUCAGCCGCAAUUAAACAAUCGUUUAGAACUAACACAGAUACUACAUGAAUGUAAAAAAUUGAUGAAAAUGUUUUAUAGAAAAAAUGAUCCAAUAUACAGGGUGUCCUGCAAAGAUUGUGUCAACGCUUGUGGGCGGGUAUCUUUUUUAUAAUUAUAAGGCAAAUUUAUUAGCGACGUAAUUAUAGAUUAUGUUUGUCCGUUUCAAUUAUUUUUAAUAAACAUGCUUGCGAUAUGUUAAUGACGUGUGCAAGAUGUCUUGGAAUAAUUAAUCGCUCAUACUGUUGCAAUCACCAAGAAGAAAAUCACUUAAAAAAACAGCAAAAUAAGAAACGCGUCUUAACAAAGAAAGAAUCCGACCGUUAUUGCUUUCACCUUCCAUGUAUUUUAUAAAAUAAUUUUUAUGAUGAAUCGCCUCCUCUUUUGAAGCUCUAAAUAUUACAUGAUUUUUUGUAUCGGGAUAAACAAAUAAGUGUAUUUCUCGCGUCUCCUCGCCGUUAUUCCUCGAUUAAUCGCGAAUAAUUAUUUCGAAGAUAGAAAACCAAGAUUAUAAAAAAAGCGAUACAUUAAAUUUUUAAUAUUUCAGAAACAUGUUAAAUAAAAAAAUAAAAGUUUAUGUUUAUAUUAGUGUUUA